AUGCAGGCAAGGACCAUUGCAGGUUCACCCGGGGCACAACUAGCGGCAACACCCGUGGUGGCGGCCCGCACGCGGGCUGGUCUGGCGAGCUCGUCGCUGCUGGCGUCGCUGGCGUCGUCGCUGGCAGAGGCACAGGCGGCGUACGCGGCGCAGCUGGCGAGUCUUGCUGAGCAAUACACAGCCGAGCUGGAGCUGCUGCGGGCGAGGGAAGGACAGAGCGUGCGAGAAGGCGAGGUGGUGGACGAGGAUGGAUGGCCGGAGCCGGUGGCGGUGGCGAGCGUGGUGGCGCUGGUCGACUCGCUGGCGGCGGCGCACCUGGACAGCGCGAGGGCAGCCAAGGCAGGACUGGUUGGCCUGCACCUGCCGGUUCUGGCCGAGGCGGCCAAGGCUGCUGGCGAGGUCUCGCCCAAGGCGGCACGGAUCGACGUCGACUCGUUUUCUCCAGGCGUCUUUGCUGCGGUUGUCGACGCCGAAGAGGCCCGGCUGGCUGCCGUCCGCGGGUUGCUGACGGCGACGCUCAAGCAGGUGACCCACAUGGCGCCGCUGCGGACCCGAAUUGUGACUGGAUGGGCGCCUGCGGUGCGGCGCGCGUCGGAUGCGGUCGAUGCCUUUACGCCGGCAACCGAGCUGGCGGCGGUUCUGGUCUCGGCGGCGUCGGCCUUUCCCACACAUAUCAAGGCGACGGCGGCGCCCGAGACCUACUUUGACCUGCUGUUCAGGUGGUACUAUGGGCGGGCGUUUGCGCAUGAAAAGACGGAGCGGCGACAGCUGCGCGCCAAGCGACGGGUGCUCAAGCAGCGGGCGGCGACGGGUCGGGUGUACGGCAUCGUGCUGCAGAGCCCGACCGGCGAGACGUUUGUCGUUGUCGACGCUGCGCCCGACGACUCCGCUGCGCGCCCGUAUGCGCCGCCGCGAUUGACGGUCGGUCGCUCGCGGAGUUCCACCAUUUCGCUCCGCGCCGACAGUGCAGUCUCAAAGAAUCAUGUCGAGCUGGAGGUUGCCGGUGGCGCGGCCGCGCUCCGCAACGUUUCGGGCAAGAACGUGGUCAUGGUCAAGGAUGGGGUGCCUGACGGCGCGUCGCUCGAAGCCCGCCCAGUCCGUCACAUCGGCCCAGGCGAGACCUCGCAUAUUGAGCUUGGUGGCGCCGAGUUUGUGAUCGGUAACCAGGCCCGGUUCUCCAUCGCCUCGCUCUCGCAGUGGAUGGCGAGCGUGGGCAGCUCGGCGUCGGCCGAGUCGGCGACGUCCAACAUCGCCCGGACCUGGCGGAUGCGCGAUGUGGUCGACGCUGCCGCCGACGCUGGCGCGCAGGUUGUGCUUGGCUCGGAGUUGACGUACGGUGCAAGCAAAGGUGAUGCCGGCCGGCCGGCCUCGGGCGAGUGUACCAGCAGUGAUGCACCGAGCGCGUCGUCGACGUCGCGGGCCGCGAUCCGCAAACUCUCCAACCGCGCCAACGAGGCCAUGGCCCAGCUUGCAGUCCAAGAGCGCGAGCUACAGACCCAGCUUGUCACGCCCGACUCGCCCGACAUCCUGAUGUUGCAAAACAGGGCAACGUCACGUAAGAUCUCGUCGGGCGGCUCGGACGUCCGGCUGGCGUCCGGCCUCGCCAACGCGGACAUUCUUGACGCACUGCAGCUUGGACCCAACACCCGCGGCCGGCGACACGAGCGCGCCCUCCGCCUCCGCGCACAAACUGAUUCGAUAGCCACGUCGCGGCGGCGCAACAGGCGCAGACGGCAUGAGCUUGCAUCGACCAGCAACGGAACGCGAGGCAGCGGCGAGAAAGGGCGCGCGAGUGACGAGUAAACUCGCCCACGCAGUCGGA